AACGCAAUCUUUUCUGCACCAUCAGCCAUAUUAAGUGUGUUCAGACAUCUGUACAGUUUUUGUGAUGUUUAAUGUUGCUACAGUGAUGGCUGGAGUUUGGUUAGCCUCGAGUCUACUUUUCUUAUUAUUUCAUUGCACGCUCUGUUUAGAUGUAAAUCAAAUCGAAGUUCCCACAGGUGAUGGUAUUUCUGGAGUUUUGCUCGUCGUAACCAAGGAUAAGAAUUACAGUUUUAAUGCCACAACGGCCAAAGAUGCAUGCGAUGCUAUUAAAAUGAGAAUCGCUACAAAGGCUGAAGUGGAGACAGCAAACCAACAUGGCUUACAGACAUGCAGGUUUGGCUGGGUUGAAGAGCAAAUUGCAGUUAUUCCUCGAACAGAGAGACGCCAAAGCUGUGGUAAAAACAAAACGGGCGUUAUUGUAUGGAGAGCUGACAUCAGCAAAUUGUUUGAUGUUUAUUGUUUUAAGCCAUCAGGUGCUGAAACAACAACAUCAAGAAUGCUUGAACCUACAACAGAAAGGGGCAGAACCUCACCAACCCACCAUUCUUCUACUACAUCAGUUGAUCCAUUAACCAUUCAUACUAGCUCUUCUCCUGUCACAUCUCUUCCUCCCUACUCAUCCCCACCAUCCUUUUCCUCUCCAUUCAACACUUCCUUAAAAACAUUUAUCACAGUUAGUCUUUCCAGCAUUAAUGAAACUUCCCAGGCGACAACAAGCACCCAGGUUCACUCGACUUCCAGAACCUUGAGCAAAUUCUCGACCUCACACCCCUCAUCUUCCUCUCAUUUAUCUACUAAUACUGUUUAUCAGCAUACUUCAACUCCAACAGGCCGACAUGAUCUGUCUCAGACUGGUAGACCUAACAUACCUUCCAGUAGAGCAGUUCCCAAAACAGUUGCUAUCGUUUCUGUUGUGCUACUACUAUUAUUAGCAGCCUCGGGUGCAGCUUGGUAUCUCAAAAUUAAAAGAGGACAACGAUUUCCAUCCUGGACCAGAAUGGGGCCAAAACACAUUACUGAAACUGAGAUGUGGAGACACAUUAGUAAUAGACAUUGCACGCAAGAACAAACGAGCAAAGACAACAACAACAGGAACUGUGACAACAUUAUCCUUCAGAUGGAAGAAGAUCCAGACUUAGACGACUCACCACCAUAACCCUUACGAAAAUAAAUUUGACUACAGUUCAAACAAA